CGGAGACUUUUCGAGAACUUUUGUUUUCGGCGUCCCGGUUGACUCAACGAACACGUUGACUUGCCGGUAGAGCCGGCGAGGAACGAUGGCUACCGAGGUUCAGAAAGCGCAGCUGGCUACAGAAACAGGCGAUACCAUCUUUGGCAAAAUUAUAAGAGGUGAAAUACCCACUGACUUUAUCUACGAAGAUGACAAGUGCGUAGCUUUCCAUGACAUCAACCCCCAGGCUCCUGUGCAUUUCUUGGUGAUCCCAAAGAAGGCAAUUUCGCAGCUUUCCAAGGCUACUGAAGAAGACAAGGAUAUUCUAGGCCAUAUCUUGUAUGUGGCACAGCGAGUGGCCAAGGAGCAAAAACUGGACAAGGGUUUUCGCAUUGUGAUCAACGACGGUCCUCAGGGUUGCCAGUCUGUUUACCAUGUCCACAUUCAUGUUCUUGGGGGACGCCAGCUCGGCUGGCCUCCGGGCUAACAUCUCGUGCCAUGCGUAAUUUUCAGCCGACCUGUUUCUUCACUUUGUGUGCUUAACUACUUCGGUAUACCUUCAGGUGGAAGUCUUUGUACCUUCUGGUGGAAGUCUGCAUCUGUGUUCACUGCUCUUGUUGUCACGUUGGAAUAAUAAACGGAUCAAAUGUUUCAAGA